GACCCGAUCGCCAAAGGUAGUUUUGGCCAGGUCUACGUCGCCUGCCACCAACUCAACGUUUUGGAAGAGUAUGCCGUUAAAGUCGUCGACCGCUCCGUCUUGGGUAAAUCUUUGACGGAGACAGUUCUACAUGAAGUUGCGGUCUUGAGAGCCAUCAAGCACAAAUAUUUGAUGGAAAUUGUCGAUUUUUUUGAAGAGGGCACUCACUUGUAUCUAGUGAUGGAGCGUAUGGCUGGCGGUGACGUCUUUGAUCGCAUUCUCAAACGGAAGCACUACACGGAAAAAGAUGCCAGAGAUUUUGCUCGUAUUUUGCUAGAAGGCGUAGCGCAUAUUCACGAACAAGGUAUUGCCCAUCGCGAUCUCAAACCUCAAAAUUUGUUACUCUCCUCCACGGAUGAUGAUGCGGACAUCAAGAUUGCCGAUUUUGGGUUUGCGUGUCGAGUCCAUACCCCUAUGUCUUUGACGACGCGUUGCGGGACACCAAGCUACGUGGCACCUGAAAUUCUGAAGAACAUUCCUUACGAUCAAAGAGCUGAUAUGUGGAGCGUAGGAGUUAUUUUGUUUGUAUUGCUAGCGGGUUAUCCUCCCUUUGUGGAAGAAAACCAAUUGGAAUUGUUUGCUCGUGUCCGAUCCGGUGAAUGGGAUUUUGCUGGCAAAGAAUGGGAAAACGUGUCCCCAGAAUCCAAGGAAGUCAUCAGCCAUUUGUUGGUGAUCGACCCUGUAUGCCGUUGGACGGCACAGCAAUGCCUACAGAGUGAUUGGUUG